GCACUCUGGUGUCUGGCUGCCCGGUGCUGCCUGCCGCCCGUUGCCAUGCACCACAAAGUCAAAGAGAUCAAAGACUUCCUGCUGACAGUGCGGCGCAAGGAUGCCAAGUAUGUCAAGAUGAAGAAAAACAAGGACAACGUGAAGUUCAAAGUGCGCUGCAGCAGGUACCUGUACACGUUGGUCAUCAUGGACAAGGAAAAGGCCGAGAAGCUCAAGCAGUUGCUUCCCCCAGGCCUGUUGGUGAAGGAGCUGAAGUGAAGAGAAUCUGCUGGAACUGCAUUAAAGUUUUUAAAUGA